AUGGCUGGCCAGCCAGCCCCAUUCAACUUUGAAUCCCCACUGAUGUAUGAAGCUACAGAGCACCAAAGUAGUGGCACAUGCAGUUCAGGCAGCAGUCUGGGGAGCUCUGUCACAGCAUGUAAGAAGGUCCUCUGCAGCAACAGCCUACUAGAGUCAACUGACUACUGGCUUCAGAAUCAGAGGACACCAUGUCGAAUUGGCAUUGUGGAAGACAAGUUAGAAAAGAACUAUGCUUCAGUCUGCUUUGUGAAUCUGGAUGCAUGCAAAGGAGAUUGCGAUGAGGAACACAUGAAACAGAGAUUGAUCAGCAUCUCGCCAAAUCUUCCAAAACUUAUCAGCUCUAUGAAUGUACAGACACCAAAAGAGAAUGAAAUUAUCCUGCUGAGUGGAUUAACUUCAGGGAACCUUCAGGCUGAUUUUGAAGUACCCCAGUGUUCUUGGCUGGCAGAUGUCUGUCUGGUUCAGUGUGCAAGAGGAAACAGAAAGAACAACGCAAGCUGCAUCAUUUUUGAAAUAAACAAGUUCCUGAUUGGGCUGGAGCUUUUUCAGGAGAGGCAGCUGAAUGUGGAGGCUAGCAUCUUAAAGCCUGAGGAUGAUACCAACUGCUCAGUGUCCUCAAUAGAAGAAGAUUUUCUUACAGCGUCAGAACACUUUGAUGAGGAGAAUGAGGCUGAUGAGUAUAAAAAUGGUAACGAAAAGCUAAAUGUCACAGAACCUUCAGCAGAGUUCAAAAAGUCUCAAGGGAAAGGACUUGAAAUCCUACACUGCAAACAGGCCAGAUUGCCAUUUACUCUAGAAGCAAGUCACGUUAACAAAGGCAGCAUAGCUCCAGCUAGGACUUCAAGUUCAUCUGAGGAAGACUUUAAGGCUGUGGGUGAAGAUCGUGUUUUACAAACUGUUAUUAAGGCUGCUAAGCAGCCACACAGGAAGGCUACCGUAGCUGGGAAAUCUAAGCCACCCUCGAAUGCAGAUGACCUGGAAGACUCCUCUAGAGGUGAUACAGACAAUUCUGAUGUAUCAGAAGAUGCUAUAAUGGCAAAGGAGGAAUUGAUUUCUUUGGACGAUGCAACAGCAGAACAAAACAGUCAUUUAGACACAUCAGGGUGUGGAGAUGAAAUAAAACUUCAUCCUCCUAUGGAAAAUGAACAAGCAACUGCAGGUCAAUUUGCUACAAAUUUGGCAGAGUCUGUACUGCAGGAUGCCUUUAUCAGAUUGUCCCAGUCUGCUUUUACCGAGGAGGCUGCCAUCAGCAUCUCUGUUGGUAACUCUUUAACUUCAGCCACAUGUGCAACAGAAGAUGACAUGGCUUCCCGGCCAUGGAAUGAACUUCCCAAAAUUGUCAUAGUUCAGAGUCCAGAUGGCUCUGAAAACAUAUCUGAAUGGCUUGGGUCUAGCUCUAAUCUAUGUCCUUGCUCUGAAAUGGAACCGCCUACAGAAGUUGCAGAUUGUGUCCAAGAUAACACAUCCAGUGGUAGUGCUCAAAGUACUUUGGAAGUAGCUUUGGCCUGUGCAGCUACAGUCAUUGGUACUAUUUCAAGCCCACAUGCUGCGGAGAAACUUCAAAGAGAACAGGAACCAAUGAACUCUGAAAAUGAUAUGGUUGAUAGUGAAGGGUUAGAGCCAAAUCUUACCCAAAGCCUCAAUGACUGUUCAUCUGAGGACUAUUCUUUUCCAUCUGCCCUGUGUGGAAUGACUCAGGUAGCAAGUGCUGUUGCUGUCUGUGGUCUUGGUGAAAAAAAAGAUGACACAUAUCCUGUAACUUCAAGUGGACUCUUAUCGGCUGCUGAGGCAUCAGCAGCCAUUACUCUCCACUGUAGUAUAGCCAUAGGGAGUAGCAUGGAGAAUCUGAACAGUAGCAUUGCGCAAGCAUUGUUCAAAGAGGCAUCCUUAGUGCUAACAAAUCCAGAAGCAUACAGAAAUAUAGGCGAGUUCAUGGAAUCCAUAAAUGGGAAAAUAGUUCAAGCUGUGAGAAAGCCACCAACUCCACACUUAGAUGAAGUCAUUAUUGAUGAACUUGCCCAAAACGUGUCUAAUAUAAUUCUGAGGCACUCCGUGGAGGAGGUCAGGAAGAAGCAACUUAACACCAGUUCAGACAGAAACAUCAGUAUGAACAGCCAGGAUCUUUUUAUUGCAGCUACAAAUAAUCUGCUUUUUAAUGUGCUGUAUUUCACUUGUAGGAAAAUGAGUGAUAUUGCACAGCUUAGAGAAGGUACAAAUAAUUUUGCUGAAGAAAAUUUUAGCUGGCAAGUAACAGACAGCCAUCCAAAAGAAGCAAUGAACCAGGUAUUACAGCCAUCCCCAAUCUACUCCAAUAGUGAGCCUCCCCCUGGUACUAAUUCUGACAAGGAACUUGUGUCUUUAGCAAAUUCAGUGAAAGACAUCAAAGAAGAAGUUGUUGUAGUUGCUCAGAAAUCUGCCAUGCUUCAUACAGAUCUGUCCCCUAAAACCAGUGGUCAUAGUUCACCUACUGGAAGGACAUCUCCCAAGAAAAGAUAUUUGAAAAGGACUACAAGAGAUUGUUCCAAAUCUGCAAAUCCCAGCAAUAACCAAACAAAGAAAGAACUUACUGACAGGGAAAAUACCACAACUAGAAAUGACUGCAAACAUGGCAUUCAGGAACUGCAAUCUUCUAGUGCUCUAGUAAGUACCGAAGGUCAGGAAAAACACACCUGUGAUGAAGCAUGGCACAGUGAAACUCAACUCAGUGUGUCCUUAUUGGGUAAUCAAGCUUUGUUGCCUUCCCAACCUCUGCUACACUUGAAGCACCCAACAGACAAAUACUGCAUAACAGAUUUUGCAGAGGAAUUGGCAGAAACAGUGGUCUCCAUGGCAACAGAAAUAGCUGCCAUUUGCCUUGACAAUUCAAAUGGCAAGCAACCCUGGUUCUGCGCAUGGAAGAAAGGAAGUGAAUAUUUGAUGCCUCAGGCUUUGUCAUGCCGUACUAUCAAAAGGAAGAAGGAAACCACACAGUCAAAUGGAUCAGUUGUGAGAAAACACAGGCCACCUAGGCUUAGUGAAAUCAAGAGAAAAACAGAUGAGCAUCCUGAGCUAAAAGAGAGGCUUAUGAAUAGGGUCGUGGAUGAAUCCAUUAAUCUUGAUGACACUCCAGAUUCUAGUUUUGCCAAUGAAGUGGCUGCUAAAAUUAUGAACUUAGCAGAAAUCUCUGUGGCUGAUAAUGUGUGGCAGAGCCCAAACCAUCCUCGAAAUAGACUGCACUGUGACCGGUGGAAUAAAGUCAAUGCAUCUAGUUGUGAAAGCAUUCCUGAAGAGGAUUUAGAUUCCAGGGGGGGUGCCAAUACUUUGGGUCUCAUGAACACCUUAGGGCAACCAAUAAGCAGAACAAGCUCCAUCUCUAAGCAGUCUAGCUGUGAAAGUAUUACAGAUGAGUUUUCCAGAUUUAUGGUCAACCAGAUGGAAAAUGAAGGCCGAGAGUUUGAUUUGUUACUUGACUACUAUGCUGGGAAAAAUGCAAAUAACAUCUUAACUUCCGCACUGCAACAAGUAUCCAAGAAAAAUGGCCACCUCAAUGUGCGGCCGAGUUGCCCAUCCAAACAGUCAAGCACAGAAAGCAUAACAGAAGAGUUUUAUAGAUACAUGCUUAAAGAAAUAGAAAAAGAAAAUAAGGAGAAUGUGCUCUCUGCAAGGAAUUCAAAGGACUGGAGUAGCAGUUUAUUACCUCCUUCCCAGCGAUCACCUUUUUGCUUUAGGCAGUCCUCAAUGCCUGACAGCAGAUCCUCAGCUUCAAGGCUAACCGUAAAUGUGCCCAUCAAGGCAAAAUCAUUAGAUGGUUUUUCUCGCAAUGGUCAUCAGGAUUCUUUAAGCGUACAGCCCGUCAGCACCGUGUCCUCUUCUGGGCUUUGCAAAUCAGACUCUUACUUGUACCAAAGAUGCAGGUCUGAUCAGGUAACUGACAUGCUGAUUCACGAGACUUGGGCAAACUCCAUCAAAGCUCUAAUGUGCAAGAACAAAAUAAUUGUAGAUGACAGAGACAUUACAGAACCUGAACAGCCUCCCCAUGACUCUCCACUGCAUGUUCAACAAUACGCAAAUAGAUUAGCUGCAAAUAUUGUUGAAAGUGGGAAAACUUUAAUUGCCAUCCAUCAAGAUUCUACAAAUAGAGAUAAUUCAGAAGAAAGUCUCAUCCCAAAAGGGAUGCAAAGCUCUAAACCAACAGGAGAUAGAAUAGACUUAGAUGUAAAAAGACAAUAUUCUGCAUCCUCUGGAGUGUUUCCCACAAAGCAUAAAAUCUCCUCUGCAUGCCUAAGGGAAGUGCCUUUAAUUCAGAUAGAAACUGAUCAAAGAGAAGACCUUGAUAAAGGCCCAGAACCCUUAAUUCAAGUUAACAUCUCCUCUGGAAAAACAAAGGAGCCAUUCAACAAAGGAAAACUUUCAGAAUCAGAUUUGGGAGGACACAUGGUAUCCUUUUCAAACAGCAGCCACUCAAGUAUGAGAAGCUGCCCAGAGCCUGAAGUCUCAGUGGAGGCCAAAGCCACGGAGGAGUUUCCAGUGCCUCUCAGCAGCAGUGAUGAAAGCACAGGCAGCAGCAGCUGGUGUCAUCUAGCAAAUGAUGAGGACAAUCCAGAAGAUACAAGCAGCUAUUUGCAACUCAGUGAGAGAUCAAUGAGCAAUGGCAACAGCAGCACCACUAGCAGUCUUGGCAUUAUGGACCUGGAGAUUUAUCAGGAAAACAUGCCAUCUUCUCGUACUGUUAAUGAAUUAGUAGAAGAAAACACAUUCCGUAACGAACAUCCAGAAAAGGGAGAGGAAUGCACUUUAGGUUUAUCUGUGGAAACAUCCAAUAGGCAAAAGAAUCUCUUGGUGAUAAACUUUGAUCUCGAACCAGAGUGCCCUGAUGUAGAACUACGUGCCACCCUUCAGUGGAUAGCUGCCUCAGAGCUUGGAAUCCCCAUUAUCUAUUUUAAGAAAUCUCAGGAAAAUAGAAUUGAAAAGUUUUUAGAUGUUGUGCAGCUUGUCCAUCAGAAGUCCUGGAAAGUGGGCGACAUCUUUCAUGCUGUGGUGCAGUUCUGCAAGCUCCAUGAAGACAGUGGAGAGCUGACUCCAAGCCUCUUUGACUGGCUUCUUGAGUUGGGAUAAAAAACCUCAUCACACUCCUUGUUUUCAUUUGUGAUCCAUCUUAAGUGGCAGUGGUUUGUGAGUGGCCCCUUUUCAAAACAUCAGCACACAUACUGAGCAAGAAGUACACAGACUGGCGAUGCACUCUGAGUCAGUUUCAAAGCUGUGCACCGCAAAAGGAAAAGACCAGUCUAUCAGGCUGGGGGGGUUGGCACCUUGCGUUUUAGAAUGUACUACUGUAGAAGAUGGGGGUAUGCAUUUUAAAUGAGUGACCUGUUGUGGUGGUUGGAUGGAAAAGACACCCGUUUCCUGUCACUGAAGUAUCUGCUGGUUAUGUAUACUGACUGAUCCUCAAAUUACAGUAAGCAAGACAAACAUAAAAUCCCUAAUAUUUGUAGCCUGAGUACUCAAAGUGAUUUUCAGAAUGCUAACCAAAUGUGUAUGUAGGAGGCUACAUCUCUCAACGAAUUCUAUGUAAUUAUGUUUUCAAAUUACUCCAGAAGAGCAGAAAAAGUAUUUUGAGCCCUUGUCUGUAGCCACUCAGCAGGAAUUUCUGUUCCAUAGGCAGGAAUAAAAUAUUCAAACUGACUGAUGAGUCUGUAAAACUCACCUGAUAUUUUUUCCAGCAGUAUUCUGAGAUUCUGUACUCGUGAAUGGAACACUAGACUGCCUAUUAGCCAAACUGAGAUCCACAUACAUUCCCACUUGCUGUUACACUGUGGGCAAGUAUUUGUACCCUCAUACCUCACCUUUCAUUUAUAAUGGUGAUUUGAGUCCUUUGUAAAGUUCUUUACAAUCUUUGAAUAAGAAUGGUUUUUAAAAGGAGUCAACAUUUCUACUUAAAUUUUACAGCCAGAUCCAAUGCAUGUUUACUCAGAAGCAAGUCCACAGAGUUCAAUGGGACUUACUCCAAAGUCUUGUGCAUAGGAUUGCAGCCGCAGCAAAUUAAUUUAAUUUAGGUCAACAUGAAAAAUAAUACACUGUACCUUCACAGAAAGGGCAUUAGUUUCUGAGUUUUUUUAUAUUCUGAAGCAUAGUUUAUUUAUAGAGAAAACUUGUUGUUUGGCAUUUAAAUGUUUGGGGUACGUAUGCAUUUCUUACGUAUUUAUCAACUUGCAAUGUAGAACUUCAGAUAAAUUUGCUGUUUUCAUACAUAUUUAUACAUUUUUGGUACCAGCUGAAGAGUCUGGUUUUAAUUUAAAGUCAAGAAAGGAAAUCCCAUUGCCAUAAAAAUCUUCAGCUAAUUACCCCACUAAAUAUCUUCAUUGAGAUUGUCUAUAUCCCCUGCUAAUGGAGUCUUCAGAAUGCAGUUACUUUAAGCUAUUGAGAUUAUACAUGCUCUCUAUUUGCUGCUUUAAGAAACAGAAACUUUAAUAUUUUGAUUGUAUAGCAGUUCUGCCUGUAUCUUGAGAAAACAGAAAAGCGUUUUUAUUUUAAUUACAAGAAUAUAUGAUUCUGUGAUAUGUCCAGAAAUACCUUUUUGCACCUAUUUUUGAAAUGAUUUUAAAUAAAUUAUAAGCAAGAGCCAUAAUUACUACUAUUAGUACUUCUAGUACAUCAACUUUCAUGCAUGUCUACCCUUUCUCAUAUAUACAGCAAGAAAGAUGGUUGCCAGAAGUUUUAUUUAAUCCUAAGUGUUCAAGCAACUUUGCUGAGAAUACAAUUACAACAGUGAAAGCUGGUUAACAGAAAGGCCAGCUGAAUGUAAGCACUGGUGGCUUCACCUGAACAAACUAGGUUUGUUUUUGAGAAGUGCUACUACUCAAAAAGCCCACCCAAACUUGUAUGCUCUCAGUACCUUUCUGCAAUCUACAAUACAUUUAUGGAGCAUUAAAAACAGAAAAUACUUGUUGGGAAAAGGAUAUUUAUUUUUAGGCCAAGGCCAGUUAGUUGUCCAUUUUCAGACUUUUUGCAGUGGUAGAAUAAAUGUUUACUUAUCCUACAAAGCACAAAUAACAUAGGUGAUGUGAAACAAUGUGAUAAAGUUCCUUUCUGUAUAUUUCUUCUUAG